AUGGCAAUGCCUCGAAGAAUUAGUGAAUUUCAAUGUGCUGCUGUGGACACGGAACUAGUCAAAGUUGGCAUAAAUGUUGAGAAAAAAGUUGCAAAAGUUUCACAAUUUUUUGUUCAAAAUCACAAAGGAACUUUGGUCAAAUUGUUGAAUCCGAGAGGAACCUAA